UAGAAACUCUUUGCAGCACUCCCUUACUAGGUUUGGAAUGAGAGACAAAGAACACAUGCAUGUAGCAAAAAGGCAAAACAAAGAGGAAGAGAAGAAAAAGAAGAGGAAACCCAGCUGGCAGAAAGCAGGCCCAGAGGAGCCCCAAGCCCAUGGGAAGUGCAGGCAAAGACCAGUCAAGAGAGAACUCCGUCCAGAAUCUUGCAUUGGCAGGUGUAGAACUGAGGAAGCAUAAGAACAAAAACUACAGUCAGACCUCUAGUACUAUUGGCCAUAUGAUUACCACAAGGAGGCUACCUUCAGAUAAACCUGUCCAUAUUUCCCUGAGCCUAGAUGACCUUACAGAAUUGAAUAUCCCUGAUGACUUCAUUCCCAAUGUUUAUCUUCAACUUGAUCAGCACCUCCAGCCUCUGCAACCAUGCCUGAACUCCAAAGAGUCAAUGCUGGUGUUCCAGAAGCACUGCAGGAUAGCCGAGGAGUACCACAAAGUACAGAAAGAAAUCGCGCUGCUACAGGAACGGAAGAAACAGCUGAUCGCAGAGCUUGAUCAGGAUGAAAAGGAUCAAUUGAAUGGCACUCUCUUAACUCAGGAAUAUCAGCAGCUCUCUGAAGAGAACCACUCUCUGACCUCCUACCACUUACAGUGCAGAGAACAUCUAGAGAAACUUCAGGUGUUACUGCAGCAGCAACAAGGAUCUUCCUGAUUCCCGAUUCCUUGCACAUGGCGGAAAUUUUACAGCAAGCAAAAUGCUGAAAUAGCUGUGUAAUCUUCUUUAUAGAUUCAGAGAAUCAAUUGGAAGAGAUGGUAAGAGGAGAAGCCAUUUUGGUGGUUCAUGAUAUUUCUGGAAGCUGAUUUUCAGCACUGCUGUUUUUCUAGAUGAGCUUUUAUGUGUAAACAGUACAAAGCAAAAUUAGAUUUGCUGACAUCAAAGAGUACAACAUAGUAAGGGUUAAAAAUCCCUAGAUGUUGUAAACAAAUAACAAAUUUAUCAUUGUUCUUUGUUAAAGUAAAUCUAAACAUGCAAGAAUUAUUAAUAAAAUCCUCAUAUAAUGGUCACAUUAAUGUUGAUAAAGAAUGUUUUUGUCAACAGAUUUGUUCUGUACUUAAAAAUAUUUGAAAAAACAUUGCGUCUAUAAAAAUUGUGAUUUCUUUUUAAGUCUACAGUGCAUGUGUGCAUAAACAUGUGAAAGAUGUUUGUUGAAGACUACCAGCCAAAUCUGGAAAUCAAGAGGAUAUUCUGAGAUUUGUGUUUUUUCAACUUUAGUCCAUUGCAAAUUAAAACAAAUCUGCAUUUACAGAAUGGGUUAAUCCUACAGGAUUCUCAUGUAAUGUACACCAUAGAUUUCUGUAUUUUCUCUAUGGUGAACCAGGAAUACAGAAAGCACGAGUGCAAAUGGACAUCUUAUUUCAAGUUAUUAUCUUAUGAUUUUUAUAAACAUAAUUAAAUAUUUUAAAAUAAUAUUACUUUAGUUUUUUUGAGGAUACUUUUGACAAUUUUACACCGUUUUUUUACAAGGUGCAAUUAUAUUUAACCAGUUAUCUGAAGAAUACAUUGAAAUGUUGAAUAUUUCCAGUUUUUUUCUCAUUGCAUACUAAUUGUUUUAGUAGUUAAUGUAUCCAACUCUUCUUCCUUAUCAAUUGUCUUGAAAUGGUAAGUGUAUACUGUGAAAUAUGCACAUGAUAUUAAGUACUCAAGUAAGAAAACUCAAAGCUGGUCUCUUGUGGUUAUUGUUUUAUUUGAAAUAGAUGUACAACUACCUAUAACUUUAAUAAAACUUGGGUGAAAUGUU